AUGCAACACAGUAGACCGCACAGUACACAACACAGUAUACAGCGCAGUAUACAACACAGUGUACAACACAGUAUACAUCACAGUGUACAAGAAAGUAUACAGUACAGUAUACAACACUGUACACAGCACAGUACGCAUCACAGUUUACAACACAGUAUACAGCACUGUAUACAUCACAGUAUACAGCACAGUUUACAGCACAGUAUACAGCACAGUUUACAGCACAGUAUACAGCACAGUAUACAGCACAGUAUACAGCACAGUUUACAGCACAGUAUACAGCACAGUAUACAGCACAGUAUACAUCACAGAAUACAGCACAGUUUACAGCACAGUAUACAGCACAGUAUACAUCACAGUAUACAGCACAGUAUACAACACAGUAUACAGCACAGUUUACAGCACAGUAUACAGCACAGUAUACAGCACAGUAUACAGCACAGUAUACAGCACAGUUUACAUCACAGUAUACAGCACAGUAUACAGCACAGUUUACAGCACAUUAUACAGCACAGUUUACAGCACAGUAUACAACACAUGUACAGUAUACAGUAUAGUAGACGAUAUAGUAUACACCGUAGUAUACAGUACAGUAAACAACACAGUAGACAUUACAGUAUACAGCACAGUAUACAGCACAUUAUGCAGCACAGUAUACAGUACUGUAGAUUACAUAGUAUACAUCAUAGUAUACAGCACAGUAUACUGUACAGUAGACAAUAUAGUUUACAUCUAAGUAUACAGCAUAGUAUACAGCACAUUAUACAACACAGUAUACAACACAGUAGACAGCACAGUAUACAGUACAGUAUACAACACUGUACACAGCACAGUACGCAUCACAGUUUACAACACAGUAUACAGCACUGUAUCCAUCACAAAGUACAACACAGUAUACAGCACAGUAUACAACACAUGUACAGUAUACAGUAUAGUAGACGAUAUAGUAUACACCGUAGUAUACAGUACAGUAAACAACACAGUAGACAUUACAGUAUACAUCACAGUAUACAGCACAGUAUACAGCACAUUAUGCAGCACAGUAUACAGUACUGUAGAUUACAUAGUAUACAUCACAGUAUACAGCACAGUAUACUGUACAGUAGACAAUAUAGUUUACAUCUAAGUAUACACCAUAGUAUACAGCACAGUAUACAACACAGUAUACAACACAGUAUACAGCACAGUAGACAGCACAUUAUACAGCACAGUAUACAGCACAUUAUACAUCACAGUAUACAGCACAGUUUACAACACAGUAUACAGCAUAGUAUACAGCACAGUAUACAGCACAGUUUACAACACAGUAUACAGCAUAGUAUACAGCACAGUAUACAACACAGUAGACAGCACAGUAGACAGCACAGUAUACAACACAGUAUACAACACAGUAUACAGCACAGUAUACAGCACAGUUUACAGCACAGUAUACAGCAUAGUAUACAGCACAGUUUACAACACAGUAUACUGUACAGUAGACAAUAUAAUAUGCAGCACAGUUUAAAUCACAGUUUACAGCACAGUAUACAGCACAGUAUACAACACAGUAUACAGCACAGUAUACAGCACAGUAUACUGUACAGUAGACAAUGUAGUAUACAGCACAGUAUACAGCACAUAUAA